AUGGGUUGUGGAAUGAGCACAGAGGAGAAGGAGGGCAAGGCCCGAAACGAGGAGAUUGAGAAUCAGCUGAAACGGGACAAGAUGAUGCAGCGCAACGAGAUCAAGAUGCUGUUGCUCGGUGCUGGUGAAUCUGGCAAGUCUACGAUUCUCAAGCAGAUGAAGCUUAUUCAUGAAGGUGGUUACUCUCGUGAUGAGCGAGAGUCUUUCAAGGAGAUUAUCUUCAGCAACACUGUUCAAUCGAUGCGAGUCAUCCUUGAGGCCAUGGAGUCCCUUGAGCUGCCUCUGGAGGACCAGCGAAUGGAAUACCAUGUCCAGACUAUCUUCAUGCAACCCGCCCAGAUCGAAGGGGAAGUUUUGCCUCCUGAGGUUGGUGGUGCUAUCGAGGCCCUAUGGAAAGACCGUGGUGUCGAAGAGUGCUUCAAGCGAUCACGAGAAUACCAGCUCAACGACUCUGCGAGAUACUAUUUCGAUAACAUCACUCGCAUUGCAGCUCCGGAUUAUAUGCCCAACGACCAGGACGUUCUGCGAUCACGAGUCAAGACUACUGGUAUCACCGAGACUACUUUCAUCAUUGGCGACUUGACGUACCGCAUGUUCGAUGUCGGUGGUCAACGAUCAGAGCGAAAGAAGUGGAUUCAUUGCUUUGAGAACGUUACCACGAUUCUGUUUCUUGUCGCCAUUUCUGAGUAUGAUCAGCUGUUGUUUGAAGAUGAGACUGUCAACCGUAUGCAGGAGGCUUUGACACUGUUCGAUUCUAUCUGUAAUUCAAGGUGGUUCAUCAAGACGUCAAUCAUCUUGUUCCUCAACAAGAUCGAUCGUUUCAAGGAGAAGCUACCCGUCAGCCCGAUGAAGAACUAUUUCCCCGACUAUGAGGGUGGUGAUGACUAUGCUGCGGCUUGCGACUACAUCCUCAACCGAUUUGUCAGCUUGAACCAGCAUGAGACCAAGCAAAUUUAUACUCACUUCACCUGCGCCACCGACACUACUCAGAUCCGCUUCGUGAUGGCGGCUGUCAAUGACAUCAUCAUCCAGGAGAACCUUAGAUUGUGUGGUUUGAUCUAA